AUGCCUGAACCUCCAGCAAGAACGCUCCUCCACCAAGCGGCCCAGGGAGGACGUGGGAGUUGUAUCCCCUUGUUAAUUGAACACGGAGCGAAUGUGAAUUGUAUAGAUGAGAUGGGGAUGACACCCCUUCAUCACGCGUCCGAGGAUGCUAUCCAUCGGUUAGUUGAACACGGAGCUGAUGUGAAUGCUACAAGUCUGAAUGGAAUGACACCUCUUCAUUGCGCAACCCAGAAUGGAAACCUUGAUACUAUCCAACUACUGAUUGAUCAUGGAGCGAAUGUGAACGCUAAAGAUGAGAUCGGGAUGACACCUCUCAACUAUGCAAUCUAUCAUGACUUCAGUGAUACCCUUGAACUACGGCGUAUGACGAUCGAAGUUAUCAGGGGUGGGGGCAUACAACGAGAUUCAUUACGCCCGGAGGCACCAAGCCUAAAGGGCUCCAAUACGCUAUCGACUUUCCAUUGCAUACACUGUGGUCAUGGUCUCACUUGGAAAGGAAAAGUUGUACCAGCUGCAAAAACCUCUCUAGCCCACAAAUUAAAUCUUGAACGAUUUUCCUUCAUUGUUAUAGUAUAUUCUCCAAAAGCAAUAACCUAUCCCUCUAAUACACCGGGCCUCCCACGCGUCCAUUCUUAA